AUGACGGCGGCCUGGGAGUGGCAGGGGCUCCCCAUGGCGGAGGCGAACAGCGUCAAGGAUUCGGUGUCUGCGGCGUCGCUGGCGACCAAGGAGGAUGACGAGGCCCUGCUGCGCCAGAUGGGCUACAAGCAGGAGCUGAGGCGGGGACUGUCUGGGUUCCACAACUUCGCCGUCUCCUUCACCGUGGUGUCGGUGCUGACUGGCCUCACCGGACUCUACGGACUGGGUUUCACGUACGGCGGGCCUGUUGCCAUCAUCUGGGGCUGGCCCGUGGUGAGCUUCUUCACGCUGCUCGUCGCCCUCAGCAUGGCCGAAAUCUGCUCCGCCUACCCCACCUCUGGAGCUCUCUAUUUUUGGAGCGCCAAGCUGGCGGGCCCCCGCUGGGCGCCCCUGGCCUCCUGGGUGACGGGCUGGUUCAAUCUGCUGGGCCAGAUGGCGGUCACGGCAGGCAUCGACUUCACCUUUGCCGCAUUUUUAAGUACAAUUAUCACUCUGGGUACUGGAGGCGUGAAUGGCGAGGACCCGUUUGUGGCCACCCAGAGCCAGCUGCUGGGCAUCUAUGCGGGCACGCUCGUGUGCCACGGCCUGCUCAACACCUUUGCCAACAGGCUGCUGGCCAUCCUCAACGGCAUCAGCGUGUUCUGGCACGUGGUGGGGACCUUUGUGUUCAUCGUCGCCCUGCUGGCGGUGGCGCCCACCCACCAGAGCGCCUCCUACGUCUUUGGCCACUUCAACAAGCCGGAUGUGGGCAUCGCCUCAUCAGGCCUCAUCUUCCUGCUGGGCCUGCUCAUGUCGCAGUUCACGCUGACGGGCUACGACGCGUCAGCACACAUGACAGAGGAGACCAAGGAUGCGGCUAAGAGCGGGCCGCGCGGCAUCGUCAUGACCGUUGUCGUCUCCUUCUUUGUAGGCUGGCUGUACCUGCUGGCCCUGACCUUUAGCAUCCAGAACCCCGACAACCUGUUCGACCCCGCUAGCGCCACCGGGGGCACCUACGCAUCUGCCCAGGUUAUCUGGGACGCCUCUGCCGCCCGGUAUGGCGAUGGCGAGCGCAGCAUUGCCUUGAUGAUCAUCCCCCUGAUGGGCCAGUUCUUCUGCGGCAUGGCUUCCAUCACCAGCAACAGCAGGAUGCUGUACGCCUUCAGCCGCGACGGCGCCGUGCCCGGCAGCAGGUGGUGGCACCACAUCAACCCCCACACCAAGACCCCCGUCAACGCCGUCUGGCUGUCGGUGGUGGUGGCGUUCCUGCUGGGCCUGCCCGUGCUGGACAGCGCCGUCGUCUUUACCGCAGUCACAAGCAUUGCCACGAUCGGCCUCUAUAUAUCGUAUGUGGUCCCCGUCUUCCUGCGCUGCACUGUGGCGCGCGCCACCUUUGUGCGCGGCCCCUUCCACCUGGGCCGUCUUAGCUUGCCCAUAGGGAUCACCGCCGUGCUGUGGGUCGUGUUCGUUUCAUGCAUCUUCGUUCUGCCUACGGUGUACCCAGUCACCAAGGACAACCUCAACUAUGCCGGCGUGGCGGUGGGCGUCGUGCUCGUCUUCUCCCUGGGCUGGUGGUUCCUGCCGUACAAGGGCGCCCGCCACUGGUUCCACGGCCCCAUCGCCCAG